UCGAGACGCCAUUGAUUGUGGAUAGUUGUCAACUGUCAAAACACGAAACAGACGGUGUAGUCUGUCAAAAUGACUUGUGAUUUGCCAUGCAUUUCAUACAUGGCGAUCUACGUCAUAUCACUGCACAUUGUGAACAGUAAUUCUAGGAGCUCCUCAAGUUCCAACCACUGGCGGCUCGAUCCCGGCGAGGGGAAAGUGAGACGAGCUACCACGGACGAUGGAAGUCAUUCGGAAGACGAUCUUGUGAUGGACAUUUUGAAAAACAAAGUUGUUAAAAAUGGGGAGUGGAGGGUGGAAACACAACAUGUGGGCUGCGAUACUCCAGAAUCUCUAGGGCAGGAAAAAAGCACACAAACAAAGACAUCUCAUAGAAAAAGCAAAAGAAAUUUAACGUGUGGCCGGUCGGUGAACACGACACAGUACGAUCACCUGCGGGGUGUAGCUGAGCGCAAGGAGCACAGUCAGUUCCCCGAACCCGAGGUGGCGAUGAUUUUUCAGAAGAAAGGAACACAGAUUUCAGACGUCGAUAUGAACGAACUUGAAGAAAGAUUAUGGAAGGCAAAAAAACAGAAAACGAAGUCCAUACAGCUGUACAAUCAAAUUGGAAAUUUUUGGCGAAUUAAAGGAAACACACAGUUGUCUAUAGACUGUUUCCGAAAGGCACUCUCGAUAUCACCUGACAAUCCCGACGUGCUUCUGAACCUCGCCCGAGUUCUGUUUAACCUCCAGUACCUCGACGAUGCGAUCUUCCUUACCCGCAGGUCACUCAUGAUGCAGCCGCCCAACGAGAACUCCUGGCUCCAGCACUUCACGCUGGGCGAGAUUUUAAAAGCUUAUGGCCAUUUUCAGGAGGCGUCACUGCAUUUCCGACACUCGCUCGAACUGAACCCCGGGUUCCAGCCAGCGCAGGCACAUUUACGGGAGAUGGAAAGCACGCCCAGUCCUUCGGUGACCCAGUACACGCUAUUCAUUAUUUUGUUUCUCGUUCUCGGGGUUCUUUUUGGGGUCAUCACGUCGAUAGAGGCGAAUUUCGACGAGGGCGGAGACAUGGUUAAAACUCAGAGACAUUUUAAUCGCGCCAUGGCGAUGAGAUCUAUAAAGUUAGGUAUAAAUCCCCGGUUAAUAAGGAUGCGGAAGCUAAACUGUUAAAGGAAGAGGCUUCAAGUACAAAUAGUUUUUUUGCACGUUUAGAGAAACUUGACAGCACAAAUGGCACAUCAAGAAACCAUUUUUUUUUUUUUUUUUUUUUUUUUUUUUUUUUAUGAUUAUUAUGAUGAUGAUUAUUAUUAUUAUAUUUACAGUGCUGUUGAAAAUGUUAAUACACGUAAAACUUCAUAAUUCAGAUUUUAUAACACUUAAAAAAGUAGAUAUAUUUUCUUCUUGGUCCACAUACAACAUUUUAUGAAAUGUACCAUCUUGUUUUCCGUAAUUUUAGAAUAUGUCAAAUAGAUCGAUAGGAUUAAAUACAUUUAUCAACCAUUUUGCCAAAGUUUCAAAUCUUUUCAGGAAAUGAAUAAAGGUUUACGUUUGUGACUGGUCGCACCACCAUGUUCUGAAUUAACAUCUCAGUUCAACAGAGUGUACUUGUAUUUCUGAAAGGUACUUAAAAAGAAUGACAAAUUUAAUAUUUAAUUUGACAAACUCGGGACAUUUUAACUACGGUUAUUUACGGAAACCAAAUAAUGUUUUGUUUUAUGUUCUGCGUAAUGUAAGUUUGGACAAUGAACCUUUAAUAUGUUAUUACAAUUUUUGUUAAACAUUAUUAUUAUUACUAUUUUUUAAAUAAAUAUAAAUACACUGUUAAUAGUGUUAUUUACAUAUUUCAGAUGUGCACUUGUCAAGAUUAUUUUUAAUUUCAGUUUUUAAUUGAAUAAUUAUCAAAAUAAUAAUAAACUUUAAUUUAGACAUACAUGUAGAAAUGUACACUAUACUCCAAGAUAUGAAACAGUUGAAAAAUAUUAAUGCUCUUGGGGGGAAAAAUGUAUUAGCUGUAGUUGCCAUGAUGGUAACUGAUAAGCUUUAACAAUUUACAAGUUUAAAAUAAGAGUACUUAGGUCGUAAAAGGUGUAUAUUUAAAUAUUAUCCUGCCAAAAUUUGGGUAUUUUCUGAAUUUAUUUUAAAAACAUUUGAUCCUACAUACAUGUCCAUGUGUAUAUUGUGUAUAUGCAGACGGAAUGUUGCUGCUAUAAGAUACGCCUUUGUGACGUUUAUUCUGGGUUUAGAUGCUUCUAUGUACUAGAUAACUCUAGUGGGGUGGAUUUUUGGAAUACCUUUUUGCACAAUUCUGCUAGUUUUACACUUAUAUUAGUUUUGGGCCCGUGCUUUUAAAACUUAGUCUUUGCUCAAGGCUCUGGUCUAUCCUCUGGACUCAAAUGCCACAGAAAGGUAAUUUCUUUUAUCUUAGCCUGAUGUCAUUUCCCCCAUGUGUGUUUAGACUGGUCUGAACAUCCUAGCAGCCAAUGGGGAUGGCUUAAAAUGCUUCAGAGAGGUCAUUCUAUUUUUUAGAAUCGGUGGCAUCAUGAUGAAAGCUUUAGCAUCAAGAUGGUGAUUAUGCUUAAUUGCAACAUGACCUGUAAGUUAAAGUUUGUUUUGUUUAAUGAUAUCACUAGAACACAUUGAUUUAUUAAUCAUCGGCUAUUGAAUGUCUGACAUUUGGUAAUUCUGACACAUAGUCUUCAGUUAAAGCUUUUGUUUAGCGAAAACACUAGAUCACAUUGUUUUACUAAUCACCAGCUAUUGGAUGUCAAACAUUUAAUGAUUCGGACUUAGAAUCUUAGAGAGAAAACCUGCUACAUUUGAGUCGGAGCUGGUGCCAGGAUUUGAACCCUGUCUACCAGGAUCAUGUGACCAAUGUGCCACUGAGAGGAGUUGAGCCUUAAGUCCAGUCUUGAGUUUUUAAAGCUUUUGCGCCUGAUUGUUACUGUUCAUUUCUUAGCUUGAAGCUACACAAGAUUGACAAAUGCAUCUAUUUUUUUAGUGUUAGAAAACCAACAUCUUUACUUCAGGUUUGAGACCUACUUUUAUACAAGAAAUUUAAAUGCUUUGUUUUUGUUAAUCUUAACAUUUAUUAAAAGGGAAGGGGUAAUUGUGUUCAAAUAUGCCAAAAUAGUGAUGAUAUUCAGUUUGAAAGCGUGCUGUUUUUGUUGAUGUCUUUUUAUGACAUGCACACAAACUAAAUUAAUGGGAGAGAAAUGAUGUGUGGGUGGGGAUGGAAUGUUAGUUGCCAUCAAAUACUAGUAGUACUACAUGUAUAAUGCAAAGGGUUAAGGUUACACAUUCUAUUCUUUAUUAUUAUUAUUAUUAUUAUUUUAUUAUAAUUAUUUUUACCGUAAUUCGGCUACUGAAAAGAUAUAUUAUUUUCUUUUUCUCCGGCAUAAUGUAAUAAAGCCAAACAUGUCACCUUUUCAAGUAAAACAAAGUUGUAAAUGGAUGCUAGGAUAUUCACACCCAGGUAACUGGAUGCUAGGAUAUUCACAGCCAGGAUGCUCGGAUAUUCAAGGCCUGAUUGUUUGGACGCAGGUGUGAUCCAUUGUUCUAUGGGGAAUGCAAGUUUGUCUGACACAACACUAGGAUAUCAAACUUCUAAAGAAUCCCAGGUAGAAGUUUAUCUAAUAUAAAGUCCAGGGCCCACUUUCACAAAACAUCGUAAGCCGAGUUUUGCACGUAAAUAUAAAUCUACGACUAAACCACCAUUCUUUAUACUAUUAACAGCACAACAAAUAUAUGUGUAGGUUUUUUAUAACGCACAUAUAUAUAUAUUCCCACCCUCCUUAAAAUGCUCCAUCUUUUGUUGUGAUAUGCACCAUUUUGUGCAUGAAAUCAAUGCCAAACACAUGUAAACCUAUGACCAGUGACUGCUAGUUGCAGAAAUAAAUUAAGAUGUUUUGCGAAAUUGUCUCCAGAACAUGUUUAUGUAUUAGAUACAGAUAUGAAGUGUGAUGCACAUGCUCACAAAACUUAGUCUAAACUCGGAUCUUUAAAACUGUCGCACACAUACAAUUUGUGGGCAUUGUCAUGAUGUUAAAAGUCUCGGGACCUUAUUAGAGAUUGGGUUUAAACUACAUGUAGACGUUUAUAAACAUGGUGCUAGAACUCCAGUUUAAGUUUCACAUAUAUACACAAGUGGAAGUCCUGAAUAUGACUUUGUUCAACUGAUUGUUGGUCACAAUUUAUUCAGAAUAAAUGUCCAGGAUGGAUACACGUUUAUAGAAACAAAGCCAGGGCACACAUUUAUACCAAUGAAGUCUUAAGAUAUAGGUUUAUACAACUGUGAUUCAGGAUACAAGUCUAUGCUAUGAAUACAUAGUACAGUUAUACAAAUGAAGUCCAGGGCCCGGUUCCACGUAGCGGUCUUAGUGCUAAGAUCACCUUAAGCACUUAAUGUUAUCUUAGAGGUAAGAUCGCUUUGGGCAACCAGGCCCAGAGCAGAAGGUCAUGCGUUUACAAAUGAUGCCACACGCAUACAGUUUAUAUUAUGACCUUUUAAAGUAUUGUGACCUACGAGAAGUUUAUUUCUUCGCAUGAUAGGUUUAAUAAUAAUAAUAAUGCAUUUUUUUUACAACAAAAAACGACGGCACCUGUUAACCUGGCACUGUUUUUAUUUACACUGCACACGUGUCUGUGUAAUUGUUCAAGAUUAAAUACUGGUUCGUAUGUUCGUCCUCCAAAUUUCAUGCCAUUUUAAUGUGUAAGCACUAUGCACCCGACCCCCUCCCCCUUCGCUCUGAAGCCACAUGUUUAGGUGGCGAAUUCUAAACACAAGAAUAUAAAUACUAUAUUAAUUAUUUGUAAAGGCCUCACCUCACCGUCAAAACACAUGUUCCAGAUGCUUCCAACACGUUAGAUAUUUGAUGAAAGUUUACUAACUGGAUUAGUUUGAAUUGUGCAUGUAGGCCAAACACUAAGCGCCAAUAUACCGUUACACACAACACCGUGAAUGUACUGACUAUAGGCCAACUAUACAUAGCUGUAGCAGCAUUAUGUAGUGUUUUGUAUAUUACUUUAUAUUGGGUGAUUUGAAACAUAAAACGUCCUACUUUUUGAAGUUUAAUAGAGGAAAAAAUAUGAAAUGCAGAACAUUUCUGAGGUGGGUUUUUUUUGGCACAAAACUAGUGUACUGUGUUGUUUAUUGGUGAUACAAUUUUUAUUUUUAUAAAUUGAUUGCUUUUAAAAUGGCGCAUGAUGUAAGAAAACCAAUGAUAAUUUUUCUACUCGUCAUCUGUACUAAACACGAUUGUCGAUUGGCCAGUCCCCCCCCCCCCCCCCCCACACACACACACACAGCCCAUAACCUUUUUUCCCCCCUACCUCAAGAAUGGACCUAAAACUCCCAUAUGCGGUCAUGUAGGGUAGAAAAAGUACACCCAUGGUGGUGAAAAUUUCGACCUUGGACAAAACUCCCGUAUUGAAUAGUCCAUAGGGUGGCAGUCGGAAGACAUAAAUAAGAAACCUAAAUGUGUAUAGGAAAAUAAAAAAAGUUCUAGAAUCAAGUAAGGAAGUGCCGUUUAUCCUAGAAGAAAAUAAAUGGACUUCUGAGCAUAGACAUACGGGUCCCAUUUUUAAAGUAGGGCAGUCUGAUGUUUGUCCGAAGCAAACGGAUCACUACGCAUUUGUACAUGGAUUACAACUACAUUGUAGUAUAGUGGUUAGAAUAGUGGUUAGAAUUGUGGAAAAACAACAUGGUGAAAAGGUUUCAGGCUAGCUUAUUGUACCCGAAUAUCUCUAUCAUUUUUGCACGAAUUUGAGGAUUUGACACUAUCCGCCCCCGCCCCCUGUGUAAAAAGACUUUGAGCCAGUUUACAAUCCUUUAAUAUUCACACAGGUGAUGACGUGACGUUUUAUUUACGUAAUGAUUUUUCUACCGUGCACCAUUUUAAAACUGAGCUAUUUUACCACCAACAAUAAACUAGUUUUAUUCUAAAUUUCUUGCUCCGCUGAUCAACUUCUUAAAGUGGUAUUUUUUUGUAUAUGUAUAUAUCACCCCAUACAACAUGUUUAUCACAAUGCGCUUAGAAUAAUGAUCUAUUUGUAUUGAAGUACAUUUGGCAUUUUGUGUUAACUUCUAGUCUUCCUGUGGUCGGACACUAUAGAAUUCUACCAGAAAACAGUAAACUAUAUAUUUUUUUCUUUUGUU